AUGACAUUGGGUUUGGAAACCAUGGAGGAUAUUGUGAUCGAUGUAGUGGGGGAAGGACUCAAAGACAGCGCAGAGGAAGAGCUCCAACCUUCGGAUGAGUCGCGAAGCACCGAGACCAAAGAGCCGGACGCGUAUAGCCCCGAGCCCGAGUGUCCAUCUCCAGCCAAAGGCAAGAGUCCCGCCUCGGUGAAGCCUCCGUACUCUUACAUCGCUCUGAUCACCAUGUCCAUCCUGCAGAGCCCGAAGAAGAGGCUCACCCUCAGCGAGAUCUGUGACUUUAUCAGCCAACGCUUCCCGUAUUACAAGGAGAAGUUCCCCGCGUGGCAGAACUCCAUCCGGCACAACCUGUCUCUGAACGACUGCUUUAUAAAGAUGCCCAGAGAGCCAGGGAACCCGGGAAAAGGCAACUACUGGACCCUGGAUCCGAACUCCUCGGACAUGUUUGAGAACGGGAGUUUCCUGCGGAGGAGGAAGCGCUUCAAGAGGCAACAUUUCCGCUUCGACCAACUGAAGGGGCAGCAGCUGGAGCACAGCGCGCUGCACGGAUUCCCGCAUUACGCGUUUGGAGCUACGGCUCUGCAGCUGCCCAGCCUGGAGAUCUACCCGUACCUCCAUCACCACGCGCACUCUCACCCGUGCAGCCCCGUGUCCAUCCCGCCUGUCAGCAGCAUCCUGCCCGCGCUCUCCAGCUUCUUCGCAAAGACUCACCCCGGGUUUGAAGCCUUUUCCCCGAUUCAGUGCGCCGGGUUCUCCCCUCCUCUGAGCUCCAUGUUCGGCUCCCCUGCUCUCUUCCACCCCGCUGCCUCUCCACACCUCCUCACUUUGCACCAGGAGUAUCAGAAGCUACACACUGCCAAUCAUAAGUGAGCAGCUGACAGGACUCAGAGCUUUUUCUCAGGUAACAGAGACACUAUGAGCAGAGUUUCUCCACAUCUGCUUUCAAAGAAUGUUGUACAUAAACAAAACAAACUCUUUCUCCUUUUUUACGUUUUAUGGCACAAAUAUUUUGGCGUUUUUUUAUUGUCUUCUUUUUCUGUUUAAUAUUUAAAUGACGAGUUUUGUUGACUUUUUU